AUGGCCAUCGUCACCGCCGAAGAGAUCUUCGCUACCUACGACCAGCUGGGUGAAAUUGAGGCUCAGUUCGACGAUGUCGAGACCGAGAUUAUCCGCCACCAGUACAACCUUUCCAAGGACCUCUACGUAAAGCGCGCCGAGGUCGUCUCCAAGAUCGAGCACUUCUGGCCCCUUGUUAUCGAGCAGGCCCCCGAGGACAUUGACGCCUUCAUCCAGCCCACCGAUGCUCAGAUCCUCCUCGGUUCCAUCAAGUCCAUUGACGUCAAGCGCUUCGAGAUCGACACCCCCGUUGAGGGCGGAGACCCCCGCAGCGUCUCCAUCAAGUUCGAGUUCGAGGAGAAUGACUACUUUGAGGACAAGGUCCUCGAGAAGAAGUUCUGGUGGCGCCACGGCAAGGACGGCUUCGUCGGCUAUGUCAGCGAGCCUGUCGAUAUCAAGUGGAAGGACGGCAAGGACCUGACCAACGGUCUCUUGUCCCUUGCCAAGGCUGCCUGGGAGGAGGAGAAGGCUGCCCCCAAGAAGGAGGGUAAGGAGAAGAAGGAGCUCACCCCCAAGCAGAAGGAGCUGAAGGAGAAAAUCGAAGCUGAGGACGCUGGUUCUGUGAGCUUCUUCUGCUUCUUCGGCUUCAUUGGCGAACGAGUCUCCGCCGAGGAGAACAUCGAGGCCCUCAAGAAGGAGGCCGAGGACCGCAAGAAGCGCCAGGCCGGCGAGAAGGUCGAGGAGGAUGAGGAGAUGAAGGAGGAUGAGGAUGAUGAGGAUUGGGAGGACGAGGAAGAGCUUGACAUUUUCCCUGAUGGCGAUACCGUUGCCAUGGCCAUUGCUGAUGACCUCUGGCCCAACGCCCUCAAGUACUUCCAGCAGGCCCAGGAGAGCGACGACAUCAGCGAUGGCGAGGAUGAUGAGUCUGACGACGAUGAGUCGGAGGAGGAUGGCGACAAGCCCAGCAAGAAGCACAAGGCCUGCGCCCACGGGUGCAAGCACUAA